AUGGACUCAUACAAUGCAGUGAAUGAUCUGAAUGAAGGAGUUGAAUAUACCUAGAACGUUGAGUAUAGAUAAGGGCUAAAAUCAAACACGUCCGAUGGUUCAGCCUAAUAAACCCAUGAAAUAUAUAUGAAAAGAGAUUAACAAUCAUUUUCAGUUGAUGAUGACGACUUUUACUCGCAGUGA